GUUAAGUCGUAGUAGUAAAGGGACGCGGAUCAGAUGAGCGUAUUGUUUUGAGAAUAAUUGAAAUUCUAACCGCGUUUGAUUCUCUAAUUUAAAUUAUUUUACCAUGAGUGAAAGUGAUUCAGGGGUAGAUACUGGCAGUGAAAGUAAUGAAAGUUUUUGCAUGUCUGUAGGAUCACCAUCUCUCUCAGAUGAUGACAAGGUUGAGAACAGUGGUGGCUUUAUGGAAAAGUCAUAUCCUAACUUUCAUGAACUGGCAAUUGGGCAUUUUGAUACUCCUCAAAGUUAUGGAUUUACAAAUUAUCGUCAACAUGAACCCGUGAGGAAACUGAAACCAGGACUUCAGCGCAGGAAUGCUAUAAGAUGGAAAAAUCAAAUCAUUCCCAAGAUGAAAGAUCUCAUUGGUGAAAGACGACUUAGAGCUGCUGCAAAUGCCAAUGACCUUGAAGCUGUAAGAAAUUUACUUGAUGAUGGUGUUGAUCCAUGUUCUGCUGAUGGCAGACAGAGAACUGCCCUGCAUUUUGCUGCAGCCGGUGGUCAUCUUGAAGUUGCUAGGUUAUUAAUUGAACGAGGAGCUGAUCCAAAUCAAAGAGACUCUGUGGGAAAUACCCCUUUACAUUUAGCUGCUUGCACUACUAACAUAAGUAUGGUAACAAUUCUGCUCAGAGCAGGUACUGAUAUAAAUGCACUUGACUAUUCUGGUCGUUCGCCAUUUCACCUAGCUCAAUCCAAGCUUAAACUUCUUCGGAUGAAUAAAGAUUACUCAUCUCUUGAGCUGAAAACUGAAGUUAUACAAGUGUUGGAAAUGAUGCAAGUGUACUUGCAAAGGUCUGGAAGAAUAUGUGAGAUGGAAUUGAUUCACUUAUUUUCAACUAGACUCCAUCAUCAUCAGACUAAAGAAGAGGUGGACACAGAUGUGAAAGAUCUGCUAUCAAGUCUGUCUCAUCUAAAUCUUCAAAAAGCUUAAUGAAAGCAGAUGAUCUGCAUCUUUUAUCUUAAAAAUGCUUCUCAUUGCACAGUAUGCAUUGAAAUGCAUUUAAAUUUUGUUUUUAUGCAUUUUGCUUUGGUGCGUUUUCAUCUUAGUAAAAUAACUAUUGUGUAUAUAUUUUCUAUGAAUUUUCAUACGUGUAAUGAUUGGUAUUGAUGUUGUGUAUUAUGACUCAUUUUGUAAUCUGAAAGCAGUCUGCCAUAUUCUAAUAAUUUAUUACUAUUGUAGGGCAGAGUUUCUCAACCUUUUUUUUUCCCUCACCAUCCACCCCUUUUACCAUUCCUAGAUGAUUACCUUCCUCCCCUUCUUUCUAAAAGUCAAAAAAUAUAUAUGCAUUUAUUUAAAUUUUGAUUGUUUUUUUUGAUAGAAACGUCUAAAAUUAUGAAAAUUGAUAUUUAUAGUAGUAAAUAAAGUAUGGUAAGGAAAUGUUUCUGGUAAGAAAAUAAUUGGAUGCUUUUGUAAUGAUGGUUAUUUAUAUGCAGUGUAAAUCAGGGAAAUAAGAGUAAAAUGUAGUAAUUUUUCAAUUAUAAAAUAUUGAUUCCUCCCCUCUUAAUUUGCACUUAUUUUAAUAUUGUUAAAAGGACAUAGUUAAAUGGGUAAAUUUGUUAGUAUAUUUCCUUUGUCAUUGGUAUUAAUUACCGAAUUCAUUUAUUCAUAUCAAAUAAUGUUAUAUACAGUGACUAUUUUCCCCCCCUUUUUUUAAUAAAAAGAAAUAAAUAAUAAUAAAAGCUUUUUUAAUAAAAGCUGAUUAGAAUAUACUGGCAUGUGUUGUGGCAUUAAAAAAAAAGAAAUAGUAUAAAAACAAUACUAGGAAGUAGUAAAAUCCUUUCAAUUUAACAUUCAAAUCCACAUGAAAAAUAUCUGUAGGACUAAAAAUAAAAAUAUAAAUGAAUGAAAAAUGCAUGAACUGAAAUGAAAUCACAAACAAAUAUUUGUCCCAAUUAAGGCUGCUGAUAGAUUUGGUGUAGCUAAUAUUUUUCAUUCUAUCAUUGAGAGAAUAUCGUAAAAUUUUCAUAAGAGAUUUUAAUGGAAAUCUUAAAGUGCGAAAGAACGUACCGAAGUACUAAAUAUCUCUUACCCUGAUUUUCAGAAAAAGUUUGAAAUGUUUUAUAUUUUGGCUUUAAAUAUGCUUAGCUGAUGUGAGGCCAUGAUAGUUCUUCACUCGUGUGUUACCUGCAUGAUCAUCAAGCUCUAAACUUGAAAACAUUAAACAAUCAUCAAGACGGUAUUCAUCAGAAGUAAUUGUAAACAUAAAUGAAUGUUUGAAUACAUAACAGCUUUUGAACGGGAUCACAGCUGUCCACUGUAUUCUAGCACAGUUUGUGCUAGUCUUGAUUAAAGAAAAGUGCAGUUGCAUAGGCAUUUCGCAACUUAUUUUUUAAUUAUGUUUGUAUAAGAUUGACAUCAUCAUUGUCAUGGAGAUCACCUUCUAAGCAAAAGUAGAAUGCUCAAGAUAAAAUGUUGAGUUAACCUUAAAUGUACAUAUCUGCACCAAUUCUAAUAGUGUAAAUAAUUUUUUCAUUAUCUUUUUCAUCCCUUUGAUACAUAAUUUUAGUAUCAAGGCAUUUACUGUUUAAUUUUUCUUUUACAUUUAAUGCAACUGCUUUUCUCUGAAAUAUUUUCAUUUAUGGCUACUUCUUUAAAAUGGUUUUUUAUAUUACUGCUCAAAUAUGAACAUUUUGAUUUAAACUGAGGAUUUAAAAUUUUCAUUAAUUAAGCAUAUCGUAACAAAGCAGUAUUGUUCAUUCAACUAGUUCAUUGUGCAUAUAUAUAAAGACAUUGAAAGGUUCUUGUGCUUCUAAAUAAGAUUUUUUCAUAAGAAUUUUUCUAAUAUUCUAUAAUGUGACUUUUAUACAAAAUAAGACAAAAUUUAUAAAAUAUUUUCCCCCUAGAAUGAAAUGUCAUUUUUAUAGUAAGUGUUUUUACUGUGACAUUCAUCUUCAUGAAAAUGAUUCAGAGCAAUGCGCUCAUAUUUUUAUCUUGUAGUUUUUUUAUAUUGCAUUUUUUAACUGCAAUACUUUAGGUGUAUGCUAUUCUUUAAUUUUUUGAAGUAGCAUGAAAUGAAAUCAUUUAGAUUAAAAUUGCUGUGGACUGAAUGAAUUUACUUAAACCUGAAAGUGAAGCUAUAUUGUAUAUAGAGUAAUUUAGGGCUUGUAGAUAUAUAUUCCAAACUCAUAUAAACCAGCACUUGAAUAAUAUGUGCUGUGCCAACAUUAACUAUAAUAUAAGUACACUCUUAUUAAGAUAUGUGUCAGAUUUUCAUAUUUUGUACUUCCUUUCAAAAUUUUGGCAUUUUCCUUUAAGAUCAGAAUUGUCUGUAUUUUCAAUUCUUAACUUGUAAAUUAUUUUAUAAACUGAAGGAAAGCUUCCAAAUAUGUUAUUGUAUAAAUAUGUGUACAAAAUAUGUUUGUUAACUUAAUUGAAUACAAGAAAAUUUAUUUUUAAAUACUUUUAGACUACUGUAUAUGAGUAUUAAAUGUAAAAACAUUUCCUAGUUUUUUAUAUUGAUCCAUCAAAAGAUGAUUUUUAAUGUAAGAAUAAUAAUUAUGUAGCUGAAUUUAGAUGCAUUAAACUAAAAUAUACUUAGAUAAAUAUUUAUUUUAUGUGACAACUUUCUUUUGUUGGUUUCAAAAAAUUUAGAAUUAGGCUGAGUAACUUAGGUCAAAUUUUUAAUAGCAUCUCCAGAGUGGGAUUUGACAGCUUUUAUGCAUUUGCUUGUUAUUCAGGCCUCUUAAUAAGUAAAUGAUUGCCUUUUUUGUGUAUGAGAUGCAAGGCUGCAGUUUGUUGGGAAUUUCAUGAUUUCUUUUUAAUAAACAACUUGUAUCUUUCUGCAGGAGUUAAAUAUUAAUAACAAUUAGAAAAUUUUUAAAUGUAUAAAAUUCUUGCAUACCAUAGGGUAAAUCUAGAAAAGAUUGCAUAAGUUUUUAAGAUAAGUUUAGCUAGGCAUACGUAAAAUAAAUUUUCACAACUGAAUUGAAAAUUUAUUAAUCAUAACAAAUAUUAAUUCAUUAAAUUUAUAUUGAUAUAUUUGAAUUUUGGUUUCUUUUAUAUAGUAUUUAACCUCUCAACAGUGCUUUUAUAACAGAAAAAGUAGCUAUAGAUUGUACAUAUUUGUUUUUUCUAUAGUUUAUCUACCCAUGUGUAUUCGAUAUAUAUUAUAAAGCUCUAUAGCCUUGAAAUAUAUUGAAUGGCACUAAAAUAUGAAACUGUAAAGUAAACAAAACCUCUAAUUUUUCAUUAAGAUGGAAUUUUUGGAAUUAGUAAGUAUCAAUAAAUAAUUAAUGUACAAAAGUAUUAUUUAACAGCUUUGCAUUGCUGAAAUAUCAGACAUAAUUUUUAUGGUAUUUCUGAUGCACAGAAAACAAGAAUAAUAAAACUAUUUUCCUUUCCAAGUUCAUAUAACAAGUUUCUAGAAUGCAUUUCCUAUCAUGUAAUUUAUGUAUAUCUUAUGUAGACUAUGUGUAAGUUCCUUUGUAUUUAAACUUCGUUUUAAUGUACAAGUUUUAUCUGAUGUGUAAUAAAUUUCAUUUUUGCAUAAAGAAGUAAUAUCAUACAUGUU